AUCCUUUUCUCUACACUGCAGGUUCACAGUAGUGGCUAAUUUUCCUUUGUCGUGUGAAGACUAUUUGAUUAUUAAAGUCUUUAUAAAUUGCUCAUUGGCUGCUUCGUCUUCAGAUUCUCGUUCAAGUAUUUUUUUCUUGUUCUUUUUUAUUCAUCCUUUUAUAUUCUGCCUUUUUUUGUAGAAGAAGAAUUUGAAACACAGCAAGCUGAUUUCCCCCAUGUCGAAGCCAGUGAUUGCUCCAAGGCAAGUCGUUGGUAGGCCUAGCCCAGCCCUGGUGGCUUCCUCCCCGUCCGUCAAUGAAAAUAGCCCCUCAGCUGCCUCUCCUCCUGUCCUGGUCAAGUUGAGACCCCCUACCACAACGGCUCCUUUCAGCUCAGUAAGUACUCCAAGCACUAGCAUAAUGACUUCUAGAGAGUGGGUUUUACCCCCUAGGCCCAAGCCGGGUAGAAAACCAAGUGUUGAUACUCCUGCCUCCAAACGGAAAGCUCAAAACAGAGCUGCCCAAAGAGCCUUCAGAGAAAGAAGAGCCACAAGAGUCCAGGAACUCGAAUCUAAGUUAUUGGAGGUUGAAAAGGAGCGUGAUGUCAAGGAGAUGGGGUUGAUAAACACCAUCAAUAAGAUGAAGUUGGAGAACCAAUACUUAAUCAAGAGUCUCGAGCAAUUAAAAGCUGAGGUUCAUUCGAUUAAAAGACCAUCCGGCAGCGGUCCCACUCCAAGCUCUGCCGGUUCCAGUACUGGAAUCUAUGGUGCAACAGGUAUGGUCCAUAGUGGUGUGCUGGCUAAAUCGCCGACAAAUUUAGCGUCAAAUUCUCCCACCGCUUCCAUAUAUUCAGUGCAACAAAUUAGCCCAGCUCCUUCUGCUUCAGCUGAUUCUCCUCCAGUUUUGGGUAUUAACUUCAAGAGAUAUUCAAAAGCUUCGGUAUCCAUAGGAAGAACUCCGAAGAUCGAAGAACACAAUAAUGAGUUUGACUGUGGUGUUUGUAUGAAAGAUGAUUGUAUAUGUGAGUCUAUUGGGAUAAAAGAAAAGACUCAUCCACACUCUCAUAAUCACAACUUGGAGGAAACCCUUUCCAAGUUCAAACCCAUGCAAGCUGUUUCAUUAAAGAGGAAGUCGACUACUCAAGAAAUCGAUUUCACCAGGAAAUUCAAUAAGAGGGCUUUGCCAGAUUUCAAGAAAACAGUUUCUGAACAAUCAGUCUCGGCAGAUUCUAAGUUUGACGAAAGUUCACCUGUUGAUAACUGUGGAUUUUGUUCAGAUGAUACUCCCUGUGUCUGCAGAGAGGCUGCCAAAGAAGCUGCUCGAUUGAACGAAUCAUUAAACCAUACCUCCAAUGACCAUGAUGAUAGUGACCUCCAUAACGACGAUGACAGCGAUGACUUUGAUGACCAGACUUUGCCCCCAAUUCAGAUGUCUUCUUCCAUAAGGAAGAUCUCCUUACCGGUGAUGCACCCAGGUCCGUCUGUGGGAAUUAGAGAUAUCACCAACUUGACCCCAGGAGCAGUCCCGACUGUUAUGACCCCCACGAUAGGAACUCCAACAAGUAGUAACCCAACAGGUAUUCCUUCUAAUGCUGGAAACAACAGCAAUUCUGAGUCGGGGUGUACAGGUAACCCUGGUGCAUGCCUGCAAUGUCAAACGGAUCCAAUGUCAACAUUAUUUUGUACAACCGUUGCGAAUAAAGGCAAAGAAUCUAACGAGAGAGGAGGUUCAAGAAGUGGAAGUUCGAGCUCUGACUCUGUACCAAACUCCAGUGCCUACUCUGGAACAAGUUUAAGUGCAGGCUCUACCUCUAAUGCUGCUUCCCCAAGAGACUUACCUCCACUUUCUUCUUCAGCCACUAGCAUGAAUCCUUCUACUCCUUUGGACACCACUAACCCUUCUACGCCUACUUCCACUAUGAUGCAUAUGGCUAACAAUGGUACUAUGUUUAUUCCUUGUGCUGAUGCUUACAAAACACUUUCAAGGCAUAAAAAAUUCAAUUCUGUUGAUUUCAGUACUUUAGUAGGCAAACUUACUACUAGAGGCAUGCAGGUUGAGGUACAAUCCGUUGCCAAUGUAUUAAGAGAGCUUGAUAGAAGAGUUUACAACUGAUUGACUAUUACAGAGAAAGGUAUGAUAUUUUAUAAUGUAAUAUACGAAUGUUUAAUGGACCAGUAUCCUGUAUUGCAUUUUGAUC